AUAUAUAUAUAUAUAUAUAUACGAUAGAACAGUUAAAUUGAGAUCGAGUAAUGAAUCUGUUUUAAACUGGAAAAGAGAACAUAACGAUGGCAUCUCAGAAGAUUAUAAGAAAAAUAAUAUCAUCUUCAUUAGGUCCAAAACCUAUUGGACCAUAUAACCAAGCAGUACUUGUAGAUCAUACUUUAUAUUUGUCUGGAUCUCUUGGUGUUGAUGUUAAAACCGGAAAACUUGUUGCCGGAGGUGCUGCUGUAGAAGCUCGUCAAGCUCUUAUAAAUAUGGGGCAUGUCCUAAAGGAAGCUGGAUCUAAUUAUGAUAAAGUCGUUAAAACAACAAUUUUCUUACAAGAUAUUAAUGAGUUUAGCGAUGUAAAUGAAGUCUACAAAGAAUUUUUUAAGGAGAACUAUCCAGCUAGAUCUACAUUCCAAGUUGGAAAGUUACCAAUGGGAGCAAAAUUUGAAAUUGAAGCUAUUGCUGUUGUUGGUGAGGUAGAAACAAUUUGAAUAUUAUAAGCAAAAUUAAUUUAAAUUUUAUAUAUUAAUGGAAAAUGUUUGCAUUUAAGCAUUUAAAUAUUAUUUCGAAUUUACUAUUUUUAUGUAUGAUGCUUUUAUGUUAUUGAUAACAAUCAUAUUAUAUUAUAUUAAUAACAAUUUGGUUCUUUUACCAUAUGUAUAUUUAAAUAUAAGUUUAUUUUUUAAAAACAAAUAAUGGGAAAUAUCUUUCAUAAAUUAUAUUAAAUAUCUAUAUUAAUGAAUGUUAAUAGUAACCUGAUCAAAGUCAUCAAAUAUUUCAUAUGACAUUAACAUGAAAAUUAAAUUUAUAAAAAACACACUUUUAAUAGUAUUUCAUUACAAAAAAUAAUACUUUUUUAAUAUAUAUCAGGUGUAAUAAAAGAAGAAUUUAUAUAUGUUGUAAAUAAAUUAUAUUACAUUAUAAAAAAGAACGAAAACAUUUAUGUAUCUUCAUAAUAAUUUAUAAUGCUAUGACAAAAAUGUGACGAUGAAUGUAAUUUUUAUCUCGCAAAAUGAAAGCAAAAUCGUGAAUAUUGUAAGAAUAUUAUAUUUAAAAUGUUUGUGUUUAACAUUUCAUUGUAAUAAAUAAACAGAAAGGUAUAUAAUUGUGAA